AGGAGAAGGGACCAGAGAAGGCCACCAUGCAGUGCCGGAGUCGAGUCAGGGUGGCCAAAUGCCAGAUGCUGGUCACCAGCUCCUUUGUCUUGCUCCUGGGCCUUUCUAUGGCCACCCUGGCAGCUGGCAGCUACUUCGGGGCCCACUUUGCUGUCAUCGGCCGUGCAUCCUCAGACAGGACCCCCUAUGAGGCCACACGCCGCUGGGCCUUCUGCACCAGCAUCAGCCUGGCCGGGCUCCUGACCCUGGGAGCCGUGCUGGGUGCUGUCGCCACUGUGAGGGAGGCCGGGGGCCUGAUGGCAGCGGGCUUCCUGUGCUUUGCGCUGGGCUUCUGCGCCCUGGUGCAGGUGGCCGUCUGGAAGUUCCACAACCCCACCCAGGUGGAGGACGCCGUGUUGGACGCCUACGACCUGGUGUAUGACCAGGCGGUGAGGAGCGGGCCCAGCACCGUGCGGCAGCAGCUGGCAGCCAUUCAGGACACGUUCCAGUGCUGUGGGAAGACCUCUCCUUUCGGCCUCUUGGGGGACGCGGAGGCCAGUCUGUGUCCUGGGGAGGAGGCCGCCAGACAGGACUGCCUGGUGGGGAUCAGGAGCUCCCUGAGGACGUACGGACACAUCGCCUCCAUCCUCACUGGCAUCGGCCUGGCCUCCAUGGUGUACGCCAUGGGGCUCAGCUCCUUCCUCUGGUUCGCCAUUCGCACAGGCAGCAGCCUGGACCGCAGGGGCAAAUACACCCUGAGCCGCAGAGGCGAGUCGGCCCAGACUGAGCCUUCCAAGGGGUCGGGGAGGUGCCUGCUACCGCAGCGCAGAGGGCCCGGGAAGGAGGCCCGCUCCGUCUCAGCAGACAAAGGGACCUGGGGUCACUGUCAGACUCCGUGGGAACAGACUGGGGAGUGGUCAGAGCAGAGAAGCCACGGGCAGGCUUGACGGGCAGAGCCCUGGGCCGAGCUGGUCCGGGCUCCCCACGGGCCGCAGGAUCGGGGAGCCCCCACCUCCAGGCUCAGUGCGCCACCUCCACUUCUCGUGCGAGGCCUUCACCUCCGAGCCAGUGAGGCAGGCCUGUCUUCUCGGGCUGACACCCCCUGACUUCCUCCUUGCCUUGGCCGGGGCGCUCACCGCCGGCAAGGGCUCCUGCUGCGGCAGGCGGCCCCCUGGGAACCUCGCAUCUCUGGUGGAACCCCAUGCUUCCGGUAGGGUGUUCACAGGUGCCAGGGCCGAAGGCAGGACCUCUGGGGAUGCGAGAGGGCACCGUAGACCUCCCAGGUCCCAGGCCGCUCCCAACUACCUCUCUCGGUUCCGUCUAGCCGCCCCUGAUCGUGGCCACCUGCUGGGAGCCCCACCGGCCUUGCUGGAUGACAUGGCCACAGUAAGGAAGUGGUAGACGUUGCAAGGCUCCUGCCACAGGGGUGGAAACUGGUGUCUCCUUCCACUGCUCGUGUGAAAUUAAGCCUGUUGCUAUUGAUGAGGCCUCACAAUGCUCCAAAUCAGGCCGAUAUUCCCCAGAAACCUCAUGGGAGGAAGCAUAUUCCCACCUCUGUGAAGAGGAAGCUAAACAAGGCACAGCAGAUGUUUGUCGAAAGGUUUUUCUAUUGAGCUUCACAAACUCAUGACAUGGAUAAUAAAGGGGGUUAAAGAACACAAUAAUAUUUACUCUGGCCCGGAGAUAGAAAGCCUAACUUAGGAAACAGAAACCAACAGGAGCCAGGCACAAGCUACUGCGCAUACGUAGCUAAUUGGUGCCCAUUGUGACGAUGGGUAAGAGGAGUUACCACUUAAACUCACAUGCAAAGGCCACACAUCUAGGGCACCUGUGGGGCUUACACCUCCAACAUCAAAGAACAAGGUGGACAAAAGGUUUACUUACUAACCAUCGGGAAUAUAUUCUUCCUCCUGUGAGCCAGGUAGAAUGCCUCCUAGCCCUGUCUAUGACUGAAUCUUAGCGUCAUUGUUAUAGAAUGUGUUUGCUGUCUGCUCCUCACUGAAAACAUCCUGCUCUCUUCUUAGUUGUGAGAUUUACUACCGGUUCAAACAAAUGUGUGUUAUCUGCUUUUCCCUGAGAACAUCCUGUCAUCCUAUGACGUGUUGGAAGGAGACGAAGCCACAGGCAGAUGUCCCGAGGGCUCCCCGGAGGUGGAGUGGACGGAGCAGGGGCAGGGCGCCAGCCAAGAGCGGCCAUGUCUAGACACACCCCCGGAGCGGCCCCUGGGGCGGCGGGUGCCAGGAAGAACGGCUCCCCCAGCACAAGGGGCCGAGUGGCCGGGGCCCUGAGCGUGGCUGGUGAGAGGUGCCAGGCUACACCUGAGGUCCCAGAACCGUGGCAGGACGGGGCACCGACUCCCGGCCGGGCCUUGCUGACCGGUGACGGACGGAGGCAUCCAGGUGCUGAAAAGAAGCGGAGCAGGAACCGCGCCCUGGCCAUCGCGCCCUGGCCAAGUAAGGGACUCGCUCACGGUGCGCAGCGUCCAGUGGCGGGCACCCCUCAGGGGGAGAGGGGCAGAGAAGCGGACGGGGCAGCGGAGCAGCGAGGCCUGCACACACGUGUGCUCACACUCAGCUCCAGUGGGACACGGAGAGUCUGCCCCGGCUACGGCCCCUGCUGCUGGUGGGGCCGCCGAAGGGGCGCUGGGGGACGAGUGUACUUUCUGUUUCUGCCCAGGCCCCCCCGUGUUUGUGUUCCUCCCGGA